AUGAAUUGGACUGUCAAAAGAAGUACUGUAGCGCUUCCCGUUCCCUUCAUUCUCCCCGCCGCACCACUGUGUGCACAUUUGCAUGGUGAGCUUGCGGUGCAGCCCGCUCCUCGCUCGAAAAGCUGGCAGCGAAGUUCUUAUAGUGCCCCGGCGUUUCCACGCGUUCCCCUCGAUGUCAGGGGACUGCCGCCAAGGCUCGCACACGGAGCGGCCUUUAAAUUUUCGAUUUUGUUGCUCUUCCUCAGUCACGCUUCGGGCUUCCUAGCUCCCAGCAAGCCUUCCUAUCAGCUGCGAGCGAGGAUGAGCAGCCGCUUCGCGUUUGAGGCUGGCGGAGAGCCACCUCACGAAGCGGCUGUCCGCCAGCCUCCAGCCCUUCCUCGUCUACAUUCAGGGAGUGCCCGCAUUGGGCCACCGGACGACGCCCACGUCGACGUCGACCUCUAUUCCGCGUCCACACAGCAACAGAGCCCACUCGCCACCGUGGAUGGGAGCGACGACAAUAUAACGUGCUUCCAAAGAGUAGCCGACGUGGCAAAUACGCUUAUGGCAUCGUCGAGAGAUUCAAUUCGACUUCCAGGUCCGGUCCUCCUUUGCGGGUCGAUCGUAUAUGGGAGGCAUUUCGAAGACGUGUAA